AUGGUCCGAUUCAAGACGCGCUGGCUGCUUCUCGCCAUCGACGACAAACCACUAGCUACGGCAUCGCCCUUUCCACUGGCCACAGACGACGCCUCGGUCCACGUCUCCACCUCAGCAACCACCCUCUCUGCUGCUCAAAAGUCAUCUCCCACUUCCAACGGCGCUGCAUCGACCUUGACACCGCAGCUCAUCACGCGACUACUGCGUGCAUCGCUCGUGUACAACUUCGGAGAUGUUGCUUCGGGUGCAUUCGGCGGUGUGUUGACCUGCAAGUACUACAGCACCCAUACGGGGACCGCCAUCGUGAGAUGCUCGCGCGACGCUGCCAGGCUGGUCUGGGCAAGCGCCACGAUGAUCUCGAGUCCAGUAGAGAUGUCCUCCGAUGACAGUGGAAGCGGUUCGAGCGCAAAGGUGCCGAGUUUGAGGAUCAGAGUCGUUCACUGUGGUGGAACCAUCAAAAAGGUGCAGAACAAAGCCAUCGAGUUGGACAGGAGGCUCAUCAUGCGUCUCAGAGCCAAGCAACACAGACGCGCAACAGCUCUCACCUCGGCAGAAAGUGUGGUGUCGACCAAACAGGCGCCGCAAGAGAAGCCUCCCCUUGCAGUUCAGAUCGCCCCAGCCGACGACGACGAUGACGAAGACCUGGGUGAAGCGCUCCAGCCUGCCGUUCCCAACACACAAGCGACGGAAGCAUCGAUCACUACGACACCACAAGUGGGUCCACAGAGCCAGAGUCAGUCAAAUUCCAAAGCGGCUACCCUCGAUCCAGAGACCCAAGCUCUGCUGCACCAGUCGCGCAAACAGAUCAGCUCCAUCUCCCACUAG